CGGCUUCCAGUAUCAUUCAGUGAAACUGGAUCGUGAUAAAAUCACACCUUCUUUCGUGUAUAUAACAUUGACUCUUUUCCACUUGAAAUUCACAUCUAUUCCAACAUUGAACCAGUUAACUUUAAGCCAUUCACUUUUAACACUCGUGCAAAAAAUCCCUACAAAAUGAAAUUCAUCUUAUUCGCAGUUUGUUUAAUCGGAGCUGUCUUUGCCAUUGAAAUGGACGGAGGAUGGAGUUCAAUUUCUGUUGAUCAUCCAACUGUUAUUCAAUUGGCUGCUAAAGGUGUUGAGCAUCACAACAAGAUUGCCAACAAUUUGUAUUACAAGAAACUGAUCACCAUUAAAGAAGCUAAAAGCCAAGUUGUUGCUGGAAUGAACUAUGAAGUUAAAUUCUUGAUUGGUAAGACUGAAUGUGUUAAAUCAGAUGCCAAUGCUGCUUCAUGUGAAGUCUCCGCUAAUGCAAUCCCUGAAUUGUGUACCUAUGUUUUCUGGGUUCGACCAGGAUCUGAUAAUGCACAAAUCACCCAAGCCUCUUGUGCUCCUGCUAAAUAAUCUCAAAGACAAAUGACUUGUUCAACCUCUUUCUAACUAUCCAUUGUUUUUUGUAUUCCUAUUAUCAAAGAAGAUUGAAAGUAAAAUAAAUAUAUAAUUUUAUUAUUGAAA